CGAUCUCGUCGUUCAGUUUGCAUUGAAAACGACUCUCGAACGGUUGGUUCGUAAAGCGGAGCGCGCGUAAAUUCAUUCAACAAACAGAAAAACAAAGCGGAAAACUCAAGUUGCAGUUGUCCCUCCAUCUCCACCAGUAAUCUCGUAAAGAACUCAAGCACAAUGAGCUGCGGAAUCUCCAUGGUUAAAUAUAUACUAUUUAUAUUCAAUUUGCUCUGUUCGAUAUGUGGCAUCUUGCUAAUCGUCUUUGGAGCUCUGCUGUUCAGCAAAGUCCACAACAUCGAUGAUUUCGCGGAUGCCCUGAAAACGCAGCAGGUGCCCGUGACUAUGAUUAUCCUGGGCGCCGUUAUCCUGCUGAUCUCCUGGUUCGGCUGCUGCGGAGCCAUUCGCGAGUCCUACUGCAUGUCCAUGACGUACUCGAUUCUGCUGUUCGUCCUGAUGAUCGGCCAACUGGCCUUGGUCAUCUACAUGUGGGUGCAGAAGGACAAGUACUUGGAGAUCAUGGGCGGAGUGGUAGAGAAGGCCUGGGAAAACCGCACCCGUCGAUCAGACUACAUGGAUGCCAUUCAGAUCAGCAUGCAAUGCUGCGGACGCAGUGGCUACAAUGACUACACCUUCCAGGGGAAAUUCCCUCCCUCCUGCUGCAGUGACACCAACAACUGCACCACCGCGACGGUUUACAAGAACGGAUGCAAGCACGCCUUCGUCGAUUUCUGGGACAGGAACAGCGACAUCAUCAAGUACGCUGGCCUGGUCAUCGCGGGCAUUGAGUUCGUGGGCUUUGUUUUUGCCUGCUGCCUGGCGAACAGCAUCCGGAACUAUCGACGCCGUGCGGACUACUAAGCGCUGGAAAAGCAGGCCUUUUACUAAUUUUAAUUGAAACCGAAAGUACGAAUGAUGUUGCCCAAUUUUACGAAUAUAUCACCUGAUACAGAUGGCCAUUGAAAUUUACAUAAUCUCAAGUUUUAGCAGCAAAUCCCAUAUCGAAUUCGAGCUGAUCCCUUUUUUAAGAUCGUUAGUUGAGAGCUGUAUUGAUUGUGCUAAUAUUUUUAACUGUACAAAAUAAUUUAUACUCCUAGAGAUUGCAAUAAACUGAGAAAUUUAUUAUA